GUUGCCGCUUUAGUUUUAUUUCCGGUGUUGUCUUCUCAAACAUGAAGCAUGAAGCAUGCUAGCUAACCUUUAAAGAUUCAGAAGUACUUAAUGUGUUCAGAGACAUAGUCAGCGUCCUCUCUGAGAUGACCUAAGGAAGCGGUGGCUUCUCUGGAGUGUCGGUGGAUCAUAACAUUAAAGAGUAUCUGCAGCAGAAGAUGAUAGAACCAGAGCUACUGACUGAGGUCCCUGCAGCACUCAAGCGGCUAGCCAAGCAGGUCGUGAGGGGUUUCUACGGAGUGGACCAUGCCUUGGCCCUGGAUGUGCUCAUUCGCAACCCAUGUGUACGUGAGGAGGACAUGCUGGAGUUGCUCAAGUUUGAUCGUAAGCAGCUGCGCUCAGUGCUCAACACCCUGAAGGCAGACAAGUUUGUCAAGUGCCGAAUGAGAGUGGAAACGGCCCCCGAUGGCAAGACAACACGGCACAAUUACUACUUCAUCAACUACAGGGUACUGGUCAACGUGGUCAAGUAUAAAUUAGAUCAUAUGCGGCGGCGCAUAGAGACAGAUGAGCGAGACUCCACCAACCGUGCCUCCUUCCGCUGCCCCUGCUGCUUCUCCACCUUCACCGACCUCGAGGCCAACCAGCUGUUUGAACCCAUGACAGGUACAUUUCGCUGCACCUUCUGCCAGACGGAGGUAGAGGAGGACGCGUCUGUCUGUCCUGACGGCAGGACGCUAGUGGCACGCUUCAACGAGCAGAUCGAACCCAUCUACGCGCUGCUACGUGAGACUGAAGACGUCAACUUGUCCCAGGACCUGCUGGAGCCUGAGCCUGCUGAGAUUCCUGCCCUCAAACAGAGCCGUGACCGUGCUGCUGCAGCAGCCGGAGCAAACCUAGCCGGCCCGCAUCGUGAAGCCUGGUCCAACAAAGGCUCAUCUUAUGCUGACAUGUACACCCAGAAUGUGGUUAUCAGCAUGGAGGAGCAGGAAGACCAGCUUAAGAAGGCUAGCGAAGGCAAGGCACCCAAGGAGAGGCCCGUGUGGUUGACCCAGAGCACCGUGCAGGGUGCUUACAGCGAGCCAGACGUCCUCAAGACCCGUGGAGAGGUUGUACCCGGAGCCCAGGAUGGAGCAGCCGGUCUUGGUAUUGGUCAGGAAGAUGAAAACGAGGAAGUGAUGCGCGCCCUGCUCAUCCAUGAGAAGAGAGGUGCGGCGGGAGCAGGUGGAGGCGGAGGCGGAGGCGGCGCGAGCGCUGCAACCAAGGGGCUUGCCUCCACCAAAGCCAAAGCCAACGCCAGCGACUCAGAUAGCGACACCAGCGAAUCGGACGACGACUCUCCCUCAGCUCCUCCCCCCGCCACGGCCGCUCCGCAUCGUGCCGCCGAGGAGGAGGAAGAGGACGACGAUGAAUUUGAGGAGGUGGGGGACGAGCCCAUGGUGAUGGUCGGAGGCCGACAGUUCACAUACCGAGAGGUCAGCCAGAGGCCGGAGCUGGUGGAGCAAAUGUCUGCGCAGGAGAAGGAGGCAUACAUUGAAAUGGGACAAAACCUCUUCCAGGACAUGUUCUUCUGAGCACACACGCAUAUAUACACACACAUUUACACACACAUUAUCAACAGUUUCUGAAAGUAUACUUCUGCUGUCUCACACCGUCGGUGUUGACAUCUGAGGUUUGUGGACACAACUUCUCAAGAAGAAAACAAGAUGCUGCUCAAGAAGUAUUUACAGUCGGCUUCAUGCUCUUAUUAUAAGAACCAAGGACAUGCUCUGACAGUGUUGCCUAGGCGAUGACACCUUUAGUAUUCUGUCCUCAGUAUUUUUUUAUUCUCAGUCAUCGGACCAGAAGGGAGCUGGCCAGCUGCAGUUUGUGCAACGAGUGCCAAUUUGUUUUUUUGUUAGUCCGUUUUAUUUUCAUUUCAGUUUAACAGGCCGUCAGUCAUGUUUUAGCCGUGUUUUCCAGUCACGCAUCUCUCAUUCAUCCGACGGGCUAAAUACGCUUCAAAUGUAAUCAGUACAGCUGUCUAUGCUUCGUGCUUCAAGUCUAUUUUUCUCUACAUUGAUUGUGCAUUUAGUCGUGAGUACUUCUAAAAGACGCCUGAGUGCAGAGCAGUGCCGUGGUUGAACGUAAGCAGUGUGAAGGACUGGAGCUGCUGCUGUUGUGAAGACGAGGUGUUGGGCCCAAUAUUUUCUGUUUUUCUGAAACAAGAUCAGACUGGAUUUAAAGGCUCAUCUCAGGCAAAUGUUGAGUACAGGGGAAACAAGAGGAUAUGGGUGGACUGUUUACAGGAAAACAUUUGUUAUUCUGAACAAUCUGUAAUAAAAAAAGAUACUGCAAUAUGCAUGGA